UUAAUUUCUAGGUAUCUUGGUAUUUGUUUGAUCUGGAAAAUGAUGCAACACAACUUGAUUAUAAUCCUUUAUGCCUAUUCCUUCGCCAUUGCUAAAUUCUCUAUUGGAUCAGACACUCUUUUUCCGAACCAAACUCUUGUUCUUGGACAGACAUUAAUUUCUUCGAACCAAAUGUUCGAGAUGGGAUUUUUCUCUCUCGGACAGUCCAAGAACAGAUUCAUGGGAAUAUGGUACAGAAACACGCCGGACGUCGUCGUUUGGGUCGCUAACCGGAACAAUCCGAUAGCCGAUUCAAAUGGCCUGCAACUAGCCAUAGCUAGACAAGGCUACAUAGUGAUAAGCAACAGUCGAGGAACCAUCUGGUCGACGAAUUCAUCAGGACAUGUGUUUAAUGCAAGUUUGCAGCUAAUGGAUACCGGGAACUUGGUUGUUCUUACAGGGGAAAAUCGCGAAAAUUUAUUCAAAAGGCAUGCUUGGCAGAGCUUCGAUUAUCCAACAGACACGAUCUUACCAGGACUGAAGUUUGUCGACGACAUUGAAGCCGGCGUAGAGAAGUAUUUAACAUCAUGGAAAACUUCGACAGAUCCUUCUCGAGGAGACAUCAUUGUAAAGAUCGAAAACAAAGGCUUGCCUGAUGUGGUGUUGUUGAAGAAGGGAAAAAAAAUGUAUCGAACCGGGACAUGGAAUGGGAUUUAUUUCGGUGGCGCGCCGCCAUUUCCUACUCCGCUUUUCAAGCUCGAAACAAUUUUCAGGCAAGAAAGACUGAUAUCCAUGUCUUUAGCUCAUGAGAAUUCGACUUUUGUAAGAAUAACAUUACAGAAGUCUGGUUUUAUUCAGCAUUUAGGAUUGAAUGCUCGAAAGGAUGAUUGGAUAAUCUUGAAUUCUAUUCCUCAAGAUCCUUGUGAUGAGUAUGGAAAAUGUGGUUCUUUCGGCAUGUGCACGACCGGCGCAGGAAUAAUAUGCGAAUGCCUAAAAGGUUAUGUCCCGAAACAUAAAAAAGAUUGGCUUUUACAAGAUUGGUCGGGAGGAUGCACUCGAACUUCGCCAAUGAACUGUGAUCAUAUCGAAAAACAUGGUUUUCUUGAGGUUAUGGGAGUCAAAUAUCCCGAUAUGUUGAGGUACCGAUUAAAUGUUAGUCUGAGCCUCGCCGAGUGCAGAUCAUUGUGCCUCAGAAACUGCAGCUGCACGGCAUAUGCUAAUCCGUACAUCACAAAUGGCGACAUCGGGUGCUUGAUGUGGUUCGAUGAACUUGUUGAUACUAGAUAUCUUCCAAGAAUUGAUUCGAAGCAAAAUAUCUAUAUACGGGUGCUUAAUACCGAGCUAGAAUCCAAAGCUACUUUAACUGAGGAGAAGAAGAACAUGGUGAUCUUGUUAAUAGUGAUAGCAAUUGUUUCUGGAGUUCUUGUCUCGUGCUUCAUCAAUGGAGGAAUACAUUAUUUGGCAAGACAAAUAAGGCAAGAAGGAAGGACCGAUGAGGAUCUUGAGCUGCCCUUGUACAAGUUUUCGACGAUAAUUUCUGCAACAAACAACUUCGCCGAAGAAAAUUUAAUCGGGGAAGGAGGUUUUGGUCAUGUGUAUAGGGGAAAAUUAUCCAUGGAAGAAGAAAUCGCUGUCAAAAGAUCGUCGAAAAAUUCGAGACAAGGUCUAGCAGAGUUCAAGAACGAAGUUAUGCUCAUCGCUAAACUUCAACAUCGAAAUCUUGUCAAGCUUUUGGGAUGUUGCAUCGAAAGGGAGGAACGGAUACUUGUUUAUGAAUAUUUGCCGAACAAGAGUCUCGACACUUUCAUUUUUGAUCAAAAUCGACGGAUACACUUGACAUGGCCUAAUCGAUUCAACAUAGCCAUGGGGAUCGCAAGAGGAUUGCUAUAUCUUCAUCAUGAUUCGAGAUUGAAAGUUAUUCAUCGAGAUCUCAAAACUAGCAACAUCUUACUAGAUGGAAAUUUGAAUCCAAAAAUCUCCGAUUUCGGUUUAGCAAGAACUUUCGAAGAGGAUCAAUCUACCUCGGAAACAAGAAGAGUUGUUGGAACAUAUGGUUACAUGUCUCCAGAAUAUGCAAUUGCCGGGAAAUUCUCAAUGAAGUCCGACAUCUUUAGCCUCGGCGUCGUACUGUUAGAGAUAGUGAGCGGAAGAAAGAAUCGAGAUUUCGACAACUGCUACCGCUACUACACCCUCUUGGAAUAUGCGUGGUUGCUAUGGAAAGAAAACCGAUCUCUCGAGCUGAUGGAUGACUGCCUAAACUCGACUUCUAUCGAAUCCCAAGUCAAGAGAUGUGUACAAGUUGGUUUAUUAUGUGUUCAAAAGUUUGCCGUAGAUAGACCGGACAUGAUAUCGGUAUGCUCCAUGUUAGCGUCCGAUGAGGCGAUACCGGUCGAGCCCAAGGAGCCGGGUUUUUGCGUCGAAACGAGGCCUACUUUAGUGAGAAGUUAUGCCUCAGCAAGUGUAAAUAUGGAGAAUGGAAGAAUGAGCAUUUCUGAUGUAGAGGCCAGAUGAAAUGAAUGGCCUCUACUGUUAUUCUUUUGUAGUUUGAUUUUAGUUUUUUUGUUUGGAUU